AUGGGCAACUGCACCAAGACCCCUGAGAGGAAGGUCUCCAAGGACCGAGAGCUGCGGCCGGAGGAGAUCGAAGAGCUGAAGGAAGCCUUCCGAGAAUUCGACAAGGACCGUGACGGGUACAUCAGCUACAAGGACCUGGGCGAGUGCAUGCGCACCAUGGGCUACAUGCCCACCGAGAUGGAGCUCAUCGAGCUGUCGCAGCAGAUCACUGGGGGGAAGGUGGAUUUCGAUGACUUUGUGGAGCUGAUGGGCCCCAAGAUGCUGGCAGAGACGGCCGACAUGAUUGGGGUGAAGGAGCUACGGGACGCCUUCCGCGAGUUCGACACCAAUGGGGACGGGCGGAUCAGCACAGCCGAGCUGCGCGAGGCCAUGCGCAAGCUGUUGGGCCAGCAACUCAACUACCGCGAGGUGGACGAAAUCCUCAAGGACGUGGAUCUCAAUGGGGACGGCCUGGUGGAUUUCGAAGAGUUUGUGCGAAUGAUGUCACGCUGA